GGCCGGCCAAGCACUUCCGCCCGCGGCGGGCCCCGCCCGCAGGCCGGCGCAGAGCGGGGCGGAGGGGCAUUGGCCGCCCUCCCUCCCGCGGAACGGGCCGCCCGAGGCUCCGCUCGGGUCGGGGGUUCUGCUCGGGGCCUCCUCGGCGUCCGCGAUAGGCGCUCCCGCCCCGCCGCGCUGAGCCCUCGCUGUGAGGUCAGAAGUGUGUGGACGCACGACGGACACCGUGUGGAUUCUGUGGCUCCUGUGCCGUGCGCUGCCCAGAAGAGCCGUCACCGUGGCUGGACACGGAGGCCAGGCCGGCACUCAAUCCAGUGAGCCACCCCAGCCGGGGCCGAGUCUGCUGCUCCUAAACAGCGUGUAGGGCCCGGGCCCCGCACCAGCAUCUGACGGGCGCUCAGGUUGCCAGCCGCAGAGAACGCCAGGUGCAGCCCCAUCCGAGAGCGGGUUCUGUGGCCGCAUCCGGAGGCCCCGGCCCCGGCCAGCGGGCGCCGCUGAGCCUCGCUCCUGCUCUUCGCCGGCGGCAUGCCGACAGCCGGCAGCCGGGCCCGGCCUCCGUCCGGCCACCUGAGGUCGUGGGGCCAGAGAUAAGGACGCGCCCGCUGGGACGCCAUGGCGGCACCGGCGAAACCCCCGGCCGCGGCAGAGCUGGCCCCGGGCCCCGAGGAGAAGCCCCGGGGAAAGCCGCCCCUCGGCCGGGGCUCCCUGUUCGGCCACCGGAGUGAGAAGAUCGUCUUCGCCAAGGGCGACGGCGCCCCGGAGGAGGGCGUGCUCGCCGUCACCAUCACGGAGACCACGGUCAUCGAGGCGGACCUGGGCGUGUGGAGCUCGCGGGCCCUGCUCUACCUCACGCUCUGGUUCUUCCUCAGCUUCUGCACCCUCUUCCUCAACAAGUACAUCCUGUCUCUGCUGGAGGGCGAGCCCAGCGUGCUGGGCGCGGUGCAGAUGCUGGCCACCACCUGCAUCGGCUGCGCGAAGAUGUUCGUGCCCUGCUGCCUGCACCAGCACAAGGCCCGGCUCUCCUACCCACCCCACUUCGCCAUGACCAUGCUGCUCGUGGGCCUCAUGAGGUUCGCCACGGUGGUCCUGGGCCUGGUCAGCCUGAAGAACGUGGCGGUGUCGUUUGCCGAGACGGUGAAGAGCUCCGCCCCCAUCUUCACGGUGAUCAUGUCGCGGAUGAUCCUGGGGGAGUACACGGGGCUGCUGGUCAACCUCUCCCUCGUCCCCGUCAUGGGCGGCCUGGCGCUGUGCACGGCCGCCGAGAUGAGCUUCAACGUGCUGGGCUUCUCGGCGGCGCUGUCCACCAACAUCAUGGACUGUUUGCAAAACGUUUUCUCAAAAAAGCUGCUCAGUGGGGACAAGUACAGGUUCUCGGCCACCGAGCUGCAGUUCUACACGAGCGCCGCGGCCGUGGCCAUGCUGGUGCCCGCCUGGGUCUUCUUCCUGGACCUGCCGGUGAUCGGCCGGAGCGGGAAGAGCUUCAGCUACACGCAGGACGUGGUGCUGCUGCUGCUGCUGGACGGCGUGCUGUUCCACCUGCAGAGCGUCACCGCCUACGCCCUCAUGGGCCGGAUCUCCCCGGUGACCUUCAGCGUCGCCAGCACCGUGAAGCAUGCCCUGUCCAUCUGGCUCAGCAUCAUAGUUUUUGGCAACAAAGUCACCAGCCUGUCGGCUGUGGGCACCGUCCUGGUGACAGCUGGCGUCCUGCUCUACAACAAGGCCAAGCAGCACCAGCGGGACACCAUGCACAGCCUCGCUUCGGCUGCCAGCCGGACGCCCGACGAUGGCGCAGAGCCGCUGAUUCCCAAGGACCCCAGGCCGCACCACUGAGCUCUGGAGCCUCGGCAGGUGCCGGGGCCCCGGGCACCGCGCGCUUCUGUCUCCCAGCCGGCGCGGUCCCCGCCCCCUGCCGCCCGCACCCUGCCCGUUCCGUGGGCCCGCUGGGCGGGAAAAGGGCCUGUGCGGCCCCAGCCGCCCCUUUCUGGGGUCUCUGGUCAAAACCAGCAGGACCUUGCAGGGUCCCCAGACGUUGGUUCCCUGUGGGGGGGCCAGAGCCAGCUGCCACUGAGCCACUGCUGCACACUGUGAAAAGCGCCGCCCUCGGCCCCACGCGGGGUGCGGGGGGGGUGGGUGCCGCCAGCCGCACUGCACACCAGCUCCCACUGCAGUCAGGCCGGGCUCCGGCCCCUCUGUGGGUGACGGGCUCGGGGGCGACUGUGAAGCCAGAGCCGGUCCAGGUGCCAACGUGGGCCACUCCCUGCUCCGUGUCAGUGGGGUGAACUCAUCUGCUCCAGGCCAGACAUCAGGGCCACCCGAGGCGCGGCCCGCCCUUGGCCAUCUGGGGAGACCUCUGUGCCCAGACAGAGGGCUGGGGUGCCCCAGGCCUUGGCACAGAGGCCGUGGAGCCUGGCGGGGUGGGGAGGGGACACUCCGGGCGCAGAAACAAGGAUCCCCCGCUGCGGAGGGCCGGGUGUGGGGCCCUGCCCUUGUCCCUGAGGCGUCCACUCCCUGCCCGGGAGCUGCCGGCACCUGGCACCACUUAGGGAGAAGUGACUCAAGGGAGGGAGGCCCCACCACCCCAGUCUGCUGGGCCCCGCCCCUGCCUGCCCGGGCGCUCACGCACCCGUGACUACCACCUGCAGUGCUGGGCUCAGGCCAGGGAGACUCGGGUGGUCCCUGCCACUCUGGCCCAGGCUGCUCGGUAGGGUCCCCGAGGGUGCGGGUGUCCCCGUCCUCUCCCAGCUGGCCCCUCCUGAGGGGGUGCGGGGGGGGGGGAGAGUGUGUGGGGUGUUCACGGUCCUCGUGACACUGCGUGUAAAAUGGCAGUGCAGUUUCCUAACAGGCAGGCUAGGGCACAGACGGCUCUGGGCGUGUCGGGUCACCCACUCUGCACCGCUGCCUGGCUCGGCCCGGCCGUCCCCCCAGAGCGGACAGAUGACCCUGUGGGGUUUGCGCCCGGACUUGGGCUGAGACUCCCAUCCUGGAGGGACUUCCAGUGGGGCCUGUCUCCGGCCAGGCUUGGAGGGCCUCUCCUUUGCACCUGUGGCCGGGGUUGUCCCGAGCCCUGGGGCCGGUCGGAGGCAGCCCUCCCUACCCGGGGAGCAGGUCUGGCCCCUGGCCGCCCGGAGCCCGCCUGUGGGACCGAGAGAAGUGACUGACAGCAGGGCCCGAGGCCCUCCCCGCUGCCCCGUCUCCACCCUGCUGCUCAGGCCUGGGCCCCCACAGCCCCGUCUCUGGUUUCCCCGUGGGCGCGUCGAGGGGGAGACGCAGAAACUGCCUCCUCGGGGCGGCGGGCCUCCUGGAAACGGAGAGCGAUAACCACGUCGCGUCGGGCUCUGCCUGCUUGACAAGCCUGCCGCGGUGAUGAACUAAAAUGAGGCCUUUUAGACAACAAGUAACCUUUUCACAAAGCCACCCUGUGGCCGGAGGACAGGCAAGUGCGGGUCACCUGCUGGACAGCCGCCCUUUCACAGCCAGGUGUUUCUGAUGUGCCUCCCCCAGGUGCCUGUCCCUUUCCUCUUCUCCGCUUCCCCCCAAACACAACUACAAAACUAAGGGGGAUUCGUUGGAGGUGGCCGGGGAGGUGGGUCGUCAUGUUGAUCUGUAGGACCAGAGAGAAAGCUGCGCCCUGGGGCCCCUGCCCGCGCCCUGGGGGAUGCAGCUGAACACGGCCCUCUGACCGGGACUUCCACAGGGCCUCCUCGGACUUCGUCCUCCGAGUGCGAAGGGACACACCCACCUGCCUGAAUCCCAACGCCCUCAGGGAGCUCUGGGCCCCACCCACGAUGGGCCCUGCCCUCCGCUCCUACUGUUGGCUUUCAGCCAGUUUUGAUUUUCCAAGUUUUUGGACCAGAAGUGAAACGAAGAUUCCUAAAUUAUUAGUAAGUGAGGCAAUUUCCCGCAAAGCUGCUUUUGAGACCCGUCAUCCUGAGCUGCGGCUGGUGCAGCCCUUGCUCGGGGCCCACAUUCCUUCCGUCACCCGCAGCUGCGCCCCAAAGCCUCCCACCUCUCGGCAUUCCCAGGCCCGCCUGCGCGGAGUCACGCCUGGCCUCGUGUCUGACAACUGUCCAGGCGACCCUUUUCACCGGCUUUGUCUGGUUUCUGCAGCGUGUUCUGCCCACCGAACUGUCCCGGGUGUGUGUGCACCAGUGUCGAGUCUGCGUGUCCCCCUCCCCCCCCGUCACUCCUGUGUCUGUGGCUGUCCGUGCCUUCUCACACACACACACACACACACACGCUCACACCGCACUGAGGCUGAGGCAGGCCGCCUGCUCACGCCCACUGAUACGCAGGCACACGCGGGCCUCAGGCGUCCACCGUCCGCUACUGCUCGGCAGCACAGCUGCUCGCCUGAGCCCAGCAGCCUCCGUGUCUGCGUCUGAGCAGGAAAGCUGUCUGCCUCGGAGAGCUGAGGGCGCCCUUGCACAACCCCAAAUGUGGCUCUAAUUUGGGGAAAAGUAAACACGGCGAGCAGAAAACACCGUGCUGCCCGAGGAGUGGCGGCCACGUGGCGCUGUGCUCGUGGCCUGUGCCCCACAUGCUUCUCCCGACCCCAGGGGUUUGCUUGCUGCUGCGCACGCUCCCCUGGACGGGCUCAGAGCGGCUGGUGGGUGGGGCGGACACGCACGGGGCUCUCUUGGCCGGUCCAGCCAUGUGCUUCCUCAGGCCUGCGGGGGAGUCUUUCCACUGCUCCCCCAGGCCAGAGGCACUCAACACGGGUGUCGUCACGGGCAGAGGCCCUGUUAACUGCUUCUCCCUCCCUCCCGGAGAUUUCACACUGAGGGCUUUAUCGUUUCCCCGGAUGUGCACAUGCCCUGGUGUGGGCCUCUUCGUUUUCUUCGUUUCUAAGGAAGCAAGCCCCGGCCUCCCAGUGUUAUCUGCCUGUUUCUCUCUGUGCUGGACGAGGAGCCAAGAGCAGACCGGGGGUCAGUGGCUCGGCUGGCCGCCAAGGCAUGAAACUGCCAACCUCGCUGGCUGGGAUUCUGAGCGAUGGCCGCGGGACCCGUGCCCACGUGUCCAGGCCGGGUCAGAAACUGUUGUAACUGGCAAUGUCUUUUGUUUGUCUGGGUGGGGUUUUUUGGUGUGUCCCCCCCCCCCCCGUUUUCAUUUGGGGAAAACUGGCGUCUGGCUGAUCUGCUGUUUCUAGACUGUUCACUGCUGUCCCAGCUGCCUGUGAACCUGCCACUCGGGGGAGCCGGCCAGGGCUUUCCCCGCCCUGGGGAGGGGGGGGUUCUGUCAAUAACCAUCUGCUGCUGCAUCAGAGCCCAGGAAUCUUCGCCUCCUCCCCAGCAGUGCCGUGGGGUCCUUGCCCGAGGCGUCCACGGGCUGUGUUCUCCGCCCAUGCCAGUAUUUGUGUGACUGCGCCAGCACGUGACACAAAACGGUUCUGUGAAGUGACUGAGUCACUGCCCCUUCGCUGUGGUAAUACGUGUAUCCUGUGGGUGCCUCCUGCCCUUGUCCAAAUAAAGCCACUUCUGGCAGUCACUUGGUGACUCCCGUUCUGCAAAAGUAAA